GGGGCGCGGUGAUCAAUCUCCAUUUACAGCGCCAGCGAACAGCCAGACCAGCCAAGUGGCCCCGUCUUCACUUAGUGAUUUUACCCGUGUCCCACCGUGCAAAAGCAGGCCACGCAGCGAACGGUAAAGCUGGUCAGGAUCAGGUUUGGGAAGCAUCUCCACUACAGCAAACUAAAUUAAGUUUUGAAGAUUUGGAGACCAAACGGCACAGUUUUUAGCAUGAUGUCAUACCUCAAACAGCCUCCCUACGGCAUGAACGGGCUCAGUUUAAGCGCACCAGGAAUGGAUUUGCUGCACACGUCCGUCGGAUACCCAGCGACACCGAGGAAGCAGAGACGGGAACGCACCACCUUCACUCGCUCGCAGCUGGACGUGUUGGAGUCGCUCUUUGCUAAAACUCGAUACCCCGACAUCUUCAUGAGAGAAGAAGUGGCAUUAAAAAUUAACCUGCCUGAAUCAAGAGUCCAGGUGUGGUUUAAAAAUCGCCGAGCCAAGUGCCGCCAGCAGCAGCAGAACGGGGGCAGCGCCAAAGCCCGGCCGGCCAAGAAGAAGUCGUCGCCGACCCGGGAGAGCAGCGGCUCGGAGAGCAGCGGCCAGUUCACCCCGCCCGCCGUGUCCAGCUCCUCCGGCAGCGGACCCAGCAACUCCAGCAGCGGACCAACCUCCGUGCUCAACCCGCCCGCCUCCAUCUGGAGCCCGGCCUCCAUCUCCCCCGGGGCUGCAGUGGGGGAACCCCUGGCCGCCAGCGCCUCCUGCAUGCAACGCUGCUCCUCCUCGUCGACCUCCAGCGCCUACCCGGUGGCGUACGGUCAAAGCGGCGGCUACACCCAGGGCUACCCGCCUUCUUCCUCCUACUUCGGCGGCGUGGAUUGCAGCUCGUACCUGGCGCCCAUGCAUUCGCAUCACCCUCACCACCCCCACCACCAGCUGUCGGCCCACGGCACCGCCCUCAGCCCCAUGAGCACCUCGUCCAUGUCCGGGCAUCACAUCGGUCAGAGCGCGGCUCACCAUCACCACCACCACCACCACCCUCACCAGGGCUACGCGGGCGCCGGACUGGCCUUCAACUCGCCCGAUUGCUUGGAUUACAAAGACCAGACGCCGUCCUGGAAACUCAACUUCAACACAACGGACUGUUUGGAUUACAAAGACCAGACCGCCUCCUGGAAAUUUCAAGUCUUAUGAAAUUGGGGUCGACAUUAAUGCACCAGAUCUGAGUGUUUUUAUCUGCAAAACAAUUUAAAAAAAACUUGUUGCUUUCUCCUGUUGCGAUGGAAGCAGGUGUCUGAAACUGUUUUGCUAAGACUGAUUUUAGUUCCAUUCAGACCAUCUUUUAAUUGACAAUCAACGUCGUGUCUAUUUUUAAUUGGAUAUUGAGUGCUGAUGUAUGUGUUUCGACUUUAUAAAGCAUCAAGUAAAGAAAACAACCUCAUUGUCAUACUCCAGGGCACAAACUUGCAGCAUUACUGUACAACCCAAGCCUGCUCACAAAUUUCCAAUAAAGUGUAUUCAACUAAAUGUCCGGCGGCUUGCUGUACUUAAAUCUAGUGAUUUCGUUCUAUUAACGCUGAUCUCGUCGGUAUCUGUAUUGAGCAGCUGUCCUGUGUAUAUUUAAAAAAACAUUGGGCAGUUGCAGUGACCUUUUAGCUAAGUGAAUUCGUUAAAAUUUAACAAGACUCGAAAUAAAACGAAUUCUACCUGGGUUACUUUGCGUUUUUUGCCACGUGUGAUAAGAGUAUGGUGAAUGUUGUUGUCAUACCAUCCCGAGGGCUUGGAUCUAAUCCACUUUUCGAUAAACGAAAGUAUAUUGUGUAGCUAGUGUUGUAGUGGAAAUACCAAUUCGGAUAGGGGAUAGCACUUGCACAUUUGUGUAAAUUAUGUUCGCGCUGAUUUUUUUUGCUAAAUGAGGUUAUUUUGCGAAUUCGAUCUUUCCUAUCAAAUGCAGUGUUCAAAGUAUUUAAGGCACCGCCGUUAUAUACAUUAUAUAUAUAAUUAAAUUCAAUUGAGGAGAACCCCGUGUCUGCGUGCUUGCUGUUUUUAUCUUCAAAUGGUUAAUUUCAUGGGAAAAUUCAAAUUUUAUAUCGUUUUUAAACCGUUUUGGAAUAUAACC